AUGAUGUUUGAUCCUUCGUAUACCCAAGCAUCACCUUUAGAACAGCAACCAUUCUUCCCCAUGGAUUGGUUAGAGUGCAUGUAUAAUAUACCGAUUGCAGCAUCCAGCAGCAUCAAUCCCGAAUGGUAUCAUCAGCAACAAAACGCUACCCAUCAGUAUCAGCCUUCAUCUCUUGUAUCAACACCUACUUGCUUUGAAGCAUCACUGACGUUUUCAUCCCAACAACCAAUGGAGCACGAGUUUUCGUUCACCUACCACCCGAUCCAAAAUGUUAGCAAUAACAAUGAUCCAAUGUUAGCUUCUCACAUACCACCUUAUCCUAAUGAUGGCAACAAUAAGGAGUCACCCACUUUGAAGCAACAAACCACCAUAUGGGGGCAAAAUACGCGAUAUGAUACCCAUGAAUCGAGCCAAGAUCACUAUACUCCCCGAUGGGUGCGGUACACGGGCCAUCGCAAGGAAGGCUUUUGUGAGAGUUGUAAGCCUGGCAGAUGGCUUCAGCUGAAGAACAGUGCCUAUUGGUAUCAUAAGCAAUUCUUUCAUGGCAUCUCUUCUGUUACAGGAGCACGAUUUCGAGAUCCUAUUGAGCGUCGUGUGAGAAAAGAUAUGAUUGAAGGUCUCUGCCACCAAUGCCAUCAAUUUGUUCCAAUGGGUAGACAGGGUAGAAAAUACACGAGAUACUCUCAUCAACAACCAAGCGUGCUGUGGUACAGGCAUGCACACAAGUGUCACAUUAAUGAUAGAUCAAGGCCUACUGCAGCUGAAAAACGUGCAUUAGCCAAAAAAGCAGUAAUGAUGUUGUAA